AUGGCAAAUCAGCUCCGUGCAAGAAUCAUUGCAGGAAAUCCUAUCGGCGCUGGUCUUGACACCUUUCGUGCUUCAUUUGCGUCAAUAUGUGCCGACAAAAGCAUCACUUGUCUCCCAGACUCACUUGGACAACUAAGCCCAGAGGACAUCCAGAAUUUGGUCCUCGAUCUUCUCUCAGCGCUACAGAGCCUCCGCACCUCCCGUCUCCUUCCCUCCAGUAAUAGGGGCAAGAAUCUUUUCAGCGACUUAACGACCCUCAGCGCCGCCGCGAAUUCCGACGACUUUGACCUAGACCGCACCAAGCCUCUCUUGCGAACAGCCCUCUCUGAAAGUCUUGUUGACACACAUGUUUGGGAUCAAGUAUAUAUCGCUGUCGCCGAGUCCACACCUGCCCCUAGACUAGUCGCGUCUUCCCUUCAGCAAACCCCAUGGAUACGAAACACAAGCAGCUUCGUCAACUCGUCAGAACACCGCAAGUACAUGGACGAUGUACUUAAGGAAGAACUUGGCUCCAUGUACGUUGGACUUCACGAGUUUCAGGAACGAUAUUUUGAAGAUGUGCUCAAGUUGGAACCAGCAUCGGAGGCAUUCUUGGAACAGUGCAAAGAGAACAGCAAUCCAAUUUUCGACACCAAAUGGAAGGGAUGGCCGGAAGAUGCCAACCAAGACGAUGUGCUGAACUGGUUUGCCAACUUUUGCGAGAAGCUAUCGGAAUUUGCAGGCAGCUAUGACUUGACCAGGACGUAUCAACGGCGACCUUUAGCGAAGCCUAAUGAGCCGAUUGACGGAUCCACAGCCAAACGCAAAAUGGAUAUCGGAUUUGCCAGAAAUCCCGACGCCAACACGACUUCGAGAUGUCACUGGUCUCAAAUUCUCGUACCAGGAGAACUGAAGAGUAACCUCUCCGCAGACAAGCCUUCGGAAGCCUGGCUUGAUUUAGGGAGAUACGCUAGGGAGGUGCUUGCCGCUCAAGACAAUCGUCGUUAUGUCUUGGGUUUCACAAUCUGCGGGUCUGCAAUGAGAUUAUGGGAGUUCGAUCGGCUUGGAGGGAUUGCGUCUGACCAAUUUGAUGUUCACAAAGAUGCACUCCGAUUCAUCCGUGCAAUUCUUGGGUUUCUCUGGAUGAGCGAGGAACACCUCGGAUUCGAUCCCACUAUCGUGACAGUGGGUGACAAGCGCUACCUCGAGAUUAUGCGCGACGGUAUCCAAGAGCGCCUUGUAAUUGAUCGAGUAAUGAGACGCGCACCGUGUAUUGCCGGGCGGGCAACGACCUGCUGGAAGGCCCACCGCGAAGGAGAGGCUCGAACACCACUCGUUAUCAAAGACUCUUGGCAGUAUACUGAGCGGGAAGAAGAGGGAGAGCUGCUGCAAAAUGCGACGGAUAAGGGUGUGGUCAGCAUAGCUCGAUACUAUCAUCAUGAGACUGUUCAGGUGGCUGGGAAAGACGAUGACAUACAACUUAAUGUUCGCAAGGGGCUGGAUAUCUCAAAGGCAGAGAACUACCGACCUGGCCGUUUGACCAUGCCACUAAGCACAGCUGUCGCUGGCGCUUCACGAAAAUGUCACAGCACCAUGGAUCGGAAGCGGUCAUCUAGUCAGACCAACGCAUCUCUGCCACCGAACAAGCGGUCUCGCUCAGCGUCUCCAGCCAAAAAGGACAUCCGUAUGCCGGUCAACCGUGUGCACCGACGUGUUAUUGUCCGAGAUUAUGGAAAGCCUAUUUAUCAGGCAAGCAGUAGAACCGCUUUACUUGCUGCUUUGGAAGGGUGCGUCCAAGGGCACGAGUCAUUACUUGAUGCUGGCUUCCUUCAUAGGGAUAUUUCAGUCAACAAUCUCGUAAUAAAUGAGGACGAUAGUAACCCUUCCUUGGCCUCCUUUUUGAUCGACUUUGAUCUUGCUAUCGAAGAGACACGCACAGGUGCUUCUGGGGCACAAGGCAAGACUGGUACAAGGGCUUUCAUGGCUAUUGGAGCACUCCUGGGUGAACAACACUCUUUCAUGCACGACCUUGAAUCUUUCUUCUGGGUGUUGCUUUGGAUCUGUAUUCACUAUCCUGGCCCAGAUAAAAGUAGAGUUGUGCGCAGAUUUGAUAAGUGGAACUACAUGGAAACUGAGGAGCUGGCGGUUUCGAAGCUCGGCACUAUAGGCGAUGAGAGCAUUUUUCUCAAGGUUGCAGAGGAGAAUUUUACUACAUAUUAUCAGCCAUUGAUUCCAUGGGUCAACAGAUUGAGGAAAGAGGUGUUUCCAAAUAAUGAGAGGUCGAAAAUGGAUGAUAAGAAGUUGUAUACUAGAAUACAGCACAUCCUUCGAGAGGCACAAAAGGAGGUAGACGUGUAG